UUUUUUUUUUUGCCAUCUUCUCUCCCGCUUCUUUCUCUCGUCUCUGCGUCUCUCUCUGACUCUCUGUCUAUAUUUGUGUGUGUCGAGCUCCCUUUUCUUUCCCUCAUCUUCUCUCUGUCUCUCAAGGAAUCGUGGUGUUUGGUGCCUUGGAAGAUUUGAUGAUGGGCGAUUGGCUGAUAAAAACAAGGGUUUCACCAGUUUAAGAUCUUAUUCCUUCUUUCUUCACGAAGCCCUCAUCGAUUUGGGUCAAAUUUGUUUGGGGUUUUUGUUCUUCACGACCAACAGAGAGAUUAUUACUUAGCUAUCCAAUUGAAAGAAGAAACUGUCGUUGCAAUCAAAAGAAAGGAGAUUCUGAAUCCUUUUCUUUCCUUCUUCUCGCAUAAAACAGAACACCCCCUUUGCAACCCAACGGCAUCAGACAAUCAGGGAGAAGGAAAAAAAAAACUGAGAAUAAUGAAGGAUGUUGAUUGGGAAAGUUCUUCGGGAGGAGUGAGCGAUACGGAGGCCUCUUUGCAAGAUAUAAUUUAUGAUGAUGAUGAGGAACAUCACUCCAAAUCUUGGUUCACAUCGAAGUUGCAGUUUAGGAAAGAUAAAUCCAAGGCCCAUUGGGUUGACGAAAUCAAAAUGGCUGAGGUCAUCGAAAACAAGGGUAAAAUGUGGAGGACAAUGGGGAUAGUUCGUAGCGGCAAGAUUUAUUACUCAAUUGAGGAAACUUUGUUUUUGAUGGAGAUAGGGGCACUGCUUCUCUUGGAUGACAAUGAUACAAGUCUUUCAUUAAAAGAUAUAUACGCCAAAGUUAGUGGAGGCUCUUGGGAGCUAUUUGAGGUUUAUAGGCACCUGAAAUCCCUUGGUUACAUUGUCGGGCAGCAUGGUAUCUCUUGGUCUAUGAAGGGUGCUAAGAGUAAUUCUCAAUCUGUUUCUCUUCAAGGCUCUUCACAAAGCAGUGAAGUAGUCGAUGCAGAAUCAAAAGAUGAUAGGUCCAUCAUUGGACCAUUUAAUGAUAUGCAUAUUAGAGAAGCGAGGCCAGUUUUUGAUGUCUUUCUUCCAAACUGCAACUUUAGAAAGUCUUCUCCUGGCAAGCCAAGCUUUGUUCUUUGCUUAACUAGGGGUGAUGUGCCAUCCAUAGCAGAUGUUGAAGUUCUUGAGAGGCAAUGUGGAGGCAUUCCUUUGAUGUUUUGUCAUGUUGAGUAUGGUCAGGUCAGUUUCUUUUCCUUCGAUGAGGUGGACCUUCCUAUCCUACCUUGACUCUCCUGAUUGGAUGAUGCAAUUUUAUACUUCAGAAUGAAGAGCCAGUUUGAGAUUGCCUUUUUUAAGGUUCUUAACGCAAUCUCAAACAAGCUCUAAAUGCUACUUCAGAAAGAUAACAAGAGCUUUACUUAAAGCAUACUUGGAGUCACAAAUUUCCAAAGCUGGAUGCCUGCACUGUGGCGUAACAUAUUGACAUUUGGUUUGUAAAAAUUGAUUAUGAGAAAAAUUGUGCAAUUUCUUGACAUGGCAAUCUAUGUACAGAUUGCAUGUUAUCUUUUUAUAUACAUCUGCUAAUUACGGGUCAAA